UGCUUUUACUCGCUCUCUCUGCUGAAAGAACCUCGCUUUUUCAGCUUACGCCAAGACUUCUUUCAACAUGGCUUCUAUGGAAGAAAUAAAAUCAGAGAAUAGCGAUGAAGACCUUACCAAAACAAAACUUAUCUCCCGCUUUGGUCAGCUAGAAGUGCUGGACGACUUGAUACGACUCCGAGCAUCAGAUGAGGAGCAAGUACCUAUACUUGCAUAUCCAAAAAUCGAAGGUAACGAUAUAGUGUACGAUCUAUUCACGGGGAAGGAUCUGGAUGAGUUUAUUUCAAAUGGAGUGGCCCAACUGGAAGUUCAUGGGUUUAGAAGACCGGGUCGAAAAUCAGUCAUUGCAUUAUUGAGUCUUUCCGAUAUGGACAUGGUUAUCAUGUUCUUCGCUCUAAGCAGGUUGGGUUAUACUGUCAUGAUGCUCUCGCCACGCCUUUCUGCAGCUGCAUGUGUGUCACUGUUGGAAGCCACGGGGUGUAGCACGAUCCUUUACGGACCGACACUUAACAUUCGCUCCACCAUACUUCAGAUCUUAGAACUGAAAGAUGUUACUGCACAACCUCUGCUUCCUCGGACAACACAUGGAGCGCCCUUCCUUGUUCCCGAGAAUCCAAUGACCGCAAAUCUUCGCGACCCGGAUGAAAUGGCUCUCGUUCUUCAUUCAUCUGGCUCUACGGGAACUCCAAAACCACUUUUCUUAACACAUCGCGCUCUGAUGACGCACCCACUGAGGGGUCCCGGCUUAACAUCCUUCAACACUCUGCCAUGGUAUCACCUGCACGGUUUGUCAACUGCCUUACAAGCAAUGUGGAUGCGCAAGACUGCUUUCAUGUGGAAUGCAUCCUUGCCUCUCACCACGAGUUCCCUCGUUGCAGCUUUAAAGUCCUCUCAGCCAGAAUCCAUCAGCGCUGUCCCAUACGUCCUUCAGUUGCUUGUCGAAGAACCUAGCGCAAUCGAUGUCCUAAAAAAGUGCAAGCUAGUUACGUACGGUGGUGCCCCUUGCCCUGACGAGUUGGGUGAUAAGCUUGUGGGUGAAGGUGUACGGUUUGGAGGAGCAUUUGGCCUAACAGAAGCUGGGCUAGUUGCCGAGUCUAUCUCUCGACCAGCUGGGGAUAAAAUGUGGAACUAUCUGCGCUUUUUCCCUGAUAUUCAGAAGUUCAUCUAUAUGAAACCUCUCGGAUACAACUUAUUCGAGUGCGUAUAUCUGAAAGGUCAUCCUGCUCUGACAACUUCAAAUGCAGACGAUCCCCCGGGUUCGUACCAUUCGAGGGAUAUCUUCACACCACAUCCGACGCUUCCUGAUCGGUGGAAGUACGUCACACGACUAGACGAUCGCAUCACGCUCGUGAAUGGGGAAAAGGUACUUCCCCUCCCGAUCGAAGGAUGUAUCAAGCAACAUCCUCUUGUUAGGGAAGCGGUUGUUGUAGGGGUUAGCAAGGCCGUUCCCGGUCUUCUUGUUUUCCGUUCAGAGGAUGCAGGAGAAAUGUCGGAGAAGGACCUCAUCGACGAAAUAUGGCCCGUUAUCCAGACGGCGAAUGCUAGGUCCGAGCAAUUCUCGCAGAUUUCGCGAGACAUGAUUGUCGUAUUACCGCCUUUGAUACAAUGCCCCUUAACUGACAAAGGGUCUUUGAUUCGAGCGAAAGUAUAUGCGGAUUUUGCUGAUGUGAUCAACAAUAUGUACGAGAAAGUUGAGACUCAUUCAAGCGGUUCAUUACAGCUUUCUUUUGAAGACACGGAGCUGCAUUUACUCGAACUUUGUCGAAAUAAUCUAGGUGUCGAUAUCGAAGAGACGGGGGCAUCAUUUUUUAACCAAGGGAUUGACAGCCUGAAAGCAUUGCAGUUGAGACGAUUGAUCUUGCAACAUUUCAAGCUUAGGCCUGCCGAGGUUAGGCACAAUAUCGUUUUUGAAACAGGGAAUGUACAUCGACUGGCUGAACAUAUUCUGGGCCUGCAAACGGGUCAAGGUUCGUCUGUUGAGGAUAACCCCUCCACUAUGCGUGAACUAGUCGAUAAGUACUCUACCUUUGAGGAUCACGCGUCCACUUCAAGUGCCCUUUCGGAAGAAAAUGGGGUGAUCCUCACCGGUGCGACCGGUUCAUUGGGUUCCCAUAUCCUCUCCCAGCUAUUACAAGAUGACAGUGUUUCUGUCAUAUACUGCUUCACGCGAAGCAAAAAUCCUAUGGAUGCAAUUGUCACUGCCCUCCACCAUCGCGGCCUUGGUGUCUUACCCCAGGAACAUGCACGCAAGAUUGUCGCUCUCACAACUGCCCUUCAUGAACCAGAUUUUGGUCUAGAGCGGGAGAUCCUAGGAAAGAUGCGGGAUAUCGUGUCGCUCAUAAUCCAUACCUCCUGGCCAGUGAACUUCAACCUUCCUUUGCGAGAGUUUGAACCUCAUAUUCAAGGGUUGCACAAUCUGAUACAGUUCUCCCUAUCAGUGAACUUGCCGUGGCCAGCUCUUACGUUAUAUUGCUCCUCAAUAUCAACUGCCCUCGGGAACCCGUCAACAGCUAUCGAAGAAACGUUGUUAGACUUUGACAGUGCUCUAAAUAUGGGCUACGGGCAGUCAAAGCUGGUCGGAGAGCAUAUUAUCAGCAACGCCAGUAAGGCUGGGGCAAGAGCUUACUCGUUGCGUAUCGGUCAGAUCUCGGGAGAUUCGGAACAGGGAAUCUGGAACGAUUCAGAAGCCUUGCCGUUGAUGAUACGCUCGGCGUUAACACUGGGGGUCCUUCCCAGACUUGAGACCAGAUGUUCAUGGCUUCCGGUCAACACUCUGGCCUCAGUUAUUCUUGAUUUGGCAAGAGUGCACUCCCCAUGGCCGCCGACAAAAUUUCGUCGUGACAGUGGCUAUUCAACGGAUGGCAAAGAGACAUCGCCCGAUGAGACUGUUUACAAUCUCUGUAAUCCAGAUACUUUCAGCUGGUCUACUCUUUUGAAAGAGAUUCGCCUUUCGGGAAUAUCAUUCGAGACCGUUCCAUUCGAAAGGUGGUUAGCCAUGUUACAAGAAAGUGAGAAGAGAGGGGAAACUUCAACAAAUCCUGCCGUGAAACUCGUUACCUACUAUCAGGCAAUGCAUAGUCAGUCAGCAAGGCCUGAUCGGCAAAGUACGCAACAGUCAGGCUUUGAGGCUAAGACAUUUGUCACGAAGAGGGCAGAACAGGAUAGUACCACAUUUCGAGCCCACCGUCCGAACAUCAUGGAAGAUGGGAUUAUGAGGCGUUAUCUUGAUGCCUGGUUGAAACACUGGCAGGCAGUAUGACGGAAUUGUUGCGGCUGAACUUUUUCCAUCGCUUUUCACCUCCAAACGGGAAAUGGUCGACUAGGCCCUUCCGUCACGGAAUAUCCAGCACAGCUCUUUAACAGUCAUCGUCUAUAAUCCCUGUAUAUAUAUCACCCAUUUAAAUGGACUCCUGUAUGUGAUAUGCACACAGUUAUUGGUUGUUGGCGUCACCACUUGUGGACUCUGAAGCUUGCUCUUGCUCGAGUCGACAUGCACAAUACAUUCGGGGAUCUUUUCGGUUACAACUUCGGGGACAGGACGACAGAUACAUCUUGUUGUAUGAAGGUCAUCUCCAUAUAUGUGGUCAAUACUUUGUAAUUUCAGUAUUAUAACAACUUCAUGUCCACCCAUUCUACAACAGCUGUCUCAUUUAUAGAUGUUGUCCCGACCUGAUUUGUCAUUUACAUAGACCAUGAAAAGCAUUCAUGCUCCAGUUAUAACUAUAGAAAGUAAUCGACAGACUUUUAAGAG